AUGGAGGAUCGAAAUGUCCCUCGCAGGAGAAUCAGGUCAUUCCACAUUUCGGAUAAACGACUACAAUUCUCCCCGGGUGUGAACAUUUUUAUAAAAACGAAGCCUCGUCCCGUCUCCCAGCUCGUCUCUCAGCAGCAGGUAACUCAGCAGUUCGUGUUGCCCUCGCAGCCCAAAAAGGAAAAGAAGGAGAAGGUAGAGAAGGAGAAGAGCGACAGAGAGCCGGCGCUCAAGAAGAACAGUCACAAGAAGAUGAGGCCGAGGUUAAAAAACAUCGACCGGAGCAGCGCCCAGCACCUGGAGGUGACGGUCGGCGACCUGACGGUCAUCAUCACGGACUUUAAGGAGAAGGUCAAGCCCACGUCCACCGCGGCCCCCCCGCCCAGCACCGUGGCCGCCGCCGACCCCCACAGCCAGAACGGCUCCAGCUCAGAGACCACAGAGAAGGGGCUUUCCCGCUCCUCCUCACCCAGAGGGGAGGGCAGCUCGGUCAACGGAGAGUCCCACUGAGCCCACCUCCAAACCUCCCCCUCCACACCCAUCUCAUCUGCAGGCAAGGUGGAGAGCUGCGCAUCACCUUCUUUUGGAUAUAUAGGAACUGUGACCAAAACACAUCACAUUUAGAACGUUUAAAUGAUUCUUUAGAAAGCAAUAUGGAAGACCUUUGCUCUGUCUUGGACGUUUUUAGACAUUUUCUCCUGGACAAUUGUUGUAAUGGAGACGGUCCUGCGCGCUGUCUGCUAGAAUACUUACUAAGACAGUUUUAUUCUGACAAAGAACUCCCUCAGAACUGACCUGAGAUGUGUCUGAAUAAUCUGGACGAGCUUUAAGGACCCUGUGAGGUUUUCCUUCAGAUACUCCUGCCCUUUUCUUUUUCGAAAUGUGCAGCCCACCCUUACCUUCAGUGGCCGGCAGAGUGACCUGUCCUUCCCCCAUGUGGAACGUUGCGCCUCUGUCUGCAAUCCUACAUGUUAUAAACCCUGAAUUUCGCACUCGGUGUCCCGACGCUGAACCUUCAACCUCACUGCAAAACCCUCGCUCCUGCUCGCCAUUACUCCCAGCCUUUACUCGUGGACUGCCUCUGCUGCGGAGGGACUUUUUUGACGCAGCAUUGCCGGGCACCAUUUGGUGCUUUUGGGUAAUGUUCGGAGUGGGAUGUUUAGUUCAGGUAAUGCUUGUUAUGACUGUAUAAGGGCGUCAGGCAGGUUUUGAUAAAAGCCCUGUUUUAUAUGGUGCGGGUAAAGGUGCAGAAUAUGAUUGUAAAGGAUAAUACCGGUAGUCUACACUGCCCCUUACGUCACAUGUGCUAGAAAUACUAUCAGGGUUUUGUUAUUCUACGUUCGCAGCCAUUAAUUGUGCAGAAUAUAAACAACAACCGCAGACCUGCAUUAAGUGAUUUUCUUUUUUGUACAGAAUUAGCAUUUCUCUAGCUAGUCUCAUUGUUUUGAUGUCCUCAUAGACCAGUGAUCAUCAACUGGUGGCCCGCCAGACAUUCUCAUCCGGCCCGCACGGCGGGGGUGACUGUGGCGUUAGCGGAGUGGUUAGUGCGUUCGCCCCCCACUCAUUUUUUUUUUACAACGUCUUGUGAGUAAUGUGCAGUACCGGAGUCCAACAGAGAGGCAACAGCUGCGGGACAGUAAUGCGUAGCCUUCCCUGCCCUGAAGAAGAAGUGAUCCUUUGUUAGCGUGGAGAGUCUGCUAAGCUUUAUGCGCUCACCUUACCUGAGCGUGCUCCACUACCCCCCCCCCCCCCCCCCCCUGGGCUAUAUAUAAAAAUCGCUGGCCCGAGAAAGUGUCUAUUGGAUAAAUGUUGGCAGCAAUGGAUAGUCUAUUGACAAGCUGUUGUUAAACUACCUGGUAAACAUGAUAUCCCAGAAGAUUGAAGUUUACUAGCUAACUCGCUACGAUAGAGGUGCAGAUAAACCCUGAGCUAAAAAUGGGCUAAAUAUUAGUGUUGUAAGUCAAAAAAUGUCAUUACACUUGAGUGUCGUCAAAACACUAUUGAUCUUAAUUUAAUAUUUGACAUGCAGCCAGUGUGGCUCAGAUUGCACUGGUAGAAGUGCUCUCAUGUAUGGUGAUGCAGGGACUGUGAUAAAUGCAAAUCCCGCUGUUUUGAUUGCAUUAAAAAAACUACAAAUGUUCUUUUACUUUUUUUUUGUUGCACAUAGAGUUGUGUUUUUAAUAGCACGACAGUAUUUAAUUGUUACACCUGUAUCACGAUACGGAUUGUAUCCCCAGAUUCUUGUCAAGCUCUCAUAGAUAUUGGGCUAAUAAUGACCAAUCACACUAGAAACGCUAAUCCAAGAGGAAUACAAUGCUAACAUAUUAGCCAUAACAGCUACAAUCUGUCUCUCAGGGGUGGGUUUCUUUGCAGAGUCAUGCUAAUGAAAGAAAAUCACUUAAUGCAGCUUUGUUGUUAAUAACAGUCUUGAAACUUUGUCCAUACUUCGUCCAGACAGGAUUUAAAAAAAAAAAAAAAAGGUGUUUUGUCAAUCACAUGACCUCCACAGAAUGAGAUAUAUCGACGCAAAUACAGGAACAGUUCUUCAUACAUAUUCAUGUUUCUCGAAGAAAAAAAAAAGAGUCAGGUUUACCAUGGAAAUGUUUGUUUUAGAGACGGAAAGAAACCACAUGUAGUGUUUAGUUAAGGGACAGUGGCUGUAAAAGACUCCGGUAUACUCCUUUUUAAAUCUCCGCUGCACCUGCUGAGCGCCACAGUGGACGAGCAGAGGGGGCUCAUGCUGUUUGGCCCCCACCGUGGACCCAGUUCGGACAAAGCGUGGUGCUUCUGCAACGAAAAAUGGGUCUUUGACUUCUGGACACGCACAAUUAAUGUGACGGCCUGCGGUGUGACGGACUUAAGAAAACCGCUUCUUCCAUUUUGACGUAGCGAAGUGGGGGAGCUUUAGAAAUAUACUAAACCCCCAGCAGAACUACUAUAGAUCAACACGAUAACUUAUGAAACCUGUAGAGAUACAUUUCUAAAAAAAAAUUGUACUACAAUGUUUUGAUGUGGUUGUAUUAUCCAUCAUAGCAGUGUUACUGUCCAGAUCUUUACUUUUAACAUUUUUAGCACAGAUCCUGAGAACUGUCAUGGCAUGAUAAUAUUACGGUCUCGGUAUAUUGUGGGACAGGCUUUGUCUCUAGUUUGUUUAGCAUCGUUUCCUGUGUGGCAGAUCUCAGGGGUUCACCACUAGCUGGGACUAGCUGUGUGGACCUGUGAGAACUGUCCCGACUCACAUCUGUCAUUCGUUUGUGGCAACAUUUUGAAAGACACUUAAAAUAUAUGUUGGUUGUCACCUGUUAUUUUAUUUUGUGUCAUGCUUUGCCAUGUUCAAUUGUUUUAAAAAUGUGUGAACUUGUUUAUUACAUGUCUGAGUAAGAAAAUGUAAACAAAAGAUAUCAUUUAA